AUGGAGACUGCACCGUUGGGACCUGCUCCGAUCCCGAAGCAGUUUGUGCUCUGCUUUGAUGGGACGGGGAACAAGUUUGCUGGUGAUGAGUCGGACAGUAAUGUCCUCAAGAUUUUCCGGAUGCUUGACCGCAGCAAGAGUCACCAAUUUCACUACUACCAACCGGGUAUUGGAACUUAUGUCACCUCCAAGUCGUUCUCCCACACCGGGAGAUUCCAGCGCAUCAAGUCUGCCUACCUGAAAGCCAAGGACUCCGCCGUAGGGUCCUCGUUCGCAGAGCAUGUCAUGGGCGGAUACAAGUUCCUCAUGCGUUACUACUCACCUGGCGACGAGAUCUACUUUAUUGGCUUCAGUCGCGGUUCUUACAUUGCCCGUUUCCUCUCUGAAAUGCUGGACUGCAUCGGCCUGCUCGAAGCCGGAAACGAAGAGCUGACGCGCUUCGCGUGGAAGACCUUUGCCAAGUGGCAGCAGCGGCGAGGCGAUACCGAGGAGGACCGCAAGGAGAAGGAGAAGCUGUUCUUGUUCAUGAAGGCCUUUCGCGAAACUUUCUCUCGGCCCGUGACCCGCAUCAAGUUCAUGGGUCUGUUUGACACCGUCAACAGUGUGCCGAGUUUCGAGUCCGCCUGGAUGCAACGGAGUAAAUUCCCUUACACUGCGCGCAGUUCUGCCAGGGUCAUUCGACACGCUGUUGGUAUUGACGAGCGUCGCGCCAAGUUCCGCCAGGAUUUGAUCUCUGGCGCGAAGCCCCAGGCCAAGAAAUCAAAAUCUAGACACGCUUGGGGAAACUUGCAGCACCAUUUGCACCUUGAAAAAAGUCAUGAGGACCUGCCGGCCAUUGUCGUGAAUGAUGGCACCAACGGAGCAAGCCAAGCAACGCCUGACCAGCGCAACCACAACGGAUCCACAUCGAUGCGUCGUUCAUCAUACAACUCGCAUGCGGCGAGUAGCCCGAACAACAACGCAGACCAUCGGUACCGUGCGCCCGCUACGUAUCUCAAGCCCAGGCCCAACCUCGCCAUCCCAACGGUGGCGUCCGCAGAGGAUCUCGCGUCGGUCAAGAGUGGGCAGUCGGGGUUGUCGUUGCAAAUACCCAUCGAAGAUGAUCAAGAGCAGGAUAUUCAGGAAGUGUGGUUCCCGGGUUGUCACGCCGAUAUUGGCGGUGGUUGGAAACUGGAAAAAGACGAGAAGUGGCCUCUGAGUCACCCACCACUGGUCUGGAUGGUACAAGAGGCCUGGCGCGCAGGGCUCCAGCUCGACCCCCGCAAGGUUAAGCAAUUUGAAUGCAUGGAAGAGUUUGAUGGGGAGUUCUCGCCCAUACGCGAGAACGGUUGGAACGAGGACACCGAAAACGGUGACGCAGGAGUCAAAUUGGCCGGGCCAUGCGGCGAUGAGAAGGAACGCUCGCCCUCGAGUCGGGAUUUUCACGCCGCGCUGCACCUGGGCAGCACCAAGGGUUGGAUACAUGACUGUCUGUCGUUUGGCAAUGGUUUACCCGCUGCCUCUGUUAUAAUCUGGCGAUUGAUGGAAUAUCUCCCCUUCCGACGAAUGGACCUGCAACCGGAUGGAUCUUGGAAGCCCAUCAGAUGGCCUCUCCCCUGUGGUGAAGUGCGAGAUAUCCCCUUGGAUGCGCAGGUUCAUGUCUCUGUCAUUCGUCGUAUGGAGGCCAAUCCCGACUACCGGCCUGGUAAUUUGAUUGUCGGAGGUGGAGGUCGUGGUGUUAGGAAGGCACCAGAAGAAUAUGGAAUGGGAGACUGGGUUGUCAAGGACCAUGAAGGCGAUCCAGUCCGACAAGUGUAUGUCCGAAAAAGCGUGUCCAAGUGCCAGGAGAAUCACCAGUGA